AUGUUGACAAAUCUGCUGCUUUUUGUUGCACUUUUCUCAUUGAACGCGUGUUGUGCAGAGGAGGCUGCGGAUGCGAUGUUAUUAACGAGGAUGAAGGGCCCUGUGGAGCUGCUGAGGCGAGAGAAAAUGCGGUGGCGUGCCGCAUGGAAUGCACGAAACGUUGGGGAUGUCGUUAGCGUUGAUGAACAUCUCGCGGAGUGGGAGGACCUCGGUGAGGUGCACAUCAACGCCCCUUUAGGGGAACGCGUGGUGAGCGUUUCCAUGUCACGACAUUUUGCUUCUCUUAUGUGCGAAGAAUCGCGGAGGAGCGUUGGUGGAUUCCUUCGAGGGCGGUGCACUUUGCAGCCCUCCCCCGCAGUAUCGCAGAGCGAGGUGUUCUUCACAUAUCGCGUGACCCACAAGGCCACUGAGGACAGUGUGACUGUGAAGGCGCCAGAAGCGUCUCACACUUGUAAGCUCUACGAGGAAAACACACGUGAAUUUAGUGAGUUGGAGAUUGGAACGGCCACAUAUGGGGAGAGGGAAAAGGCUGUUGAGGGGCACGGCCUCGCCAUUUUUAUUCGGCUUUUGCCCACACGCAGUGCACAGGACCAUGUCGGGUGGCUGCCGUGUACACUUAGGCUCACAGGUGUAUCCAUGGACGUGGUGGAGCGGAGCCGUUGGAAGAGACGGGCCGCAUCGACGAUAUUCGAGCGGUGGGGAUAUCCCCUGCUGGCCGUGCUGGCGCUGUAUGGUGGCCUCCUUCUGUGGGAUAAAAUUGCCACCCACCACAGUCCACCAGCCGCGAAACCAAAGCACGACUAA